AGUAAGUACGACUAAAUCGGGGGCUUGCAGAGGAUAAAGAACAAGAUGAAAUCGCUUAGGCUAGUUUGUUUUAUAUUUAUGAUCAGUCUUUAUUUGCUUAUAACACACGGUACCCAAGAAUCAACAACACCACCACCAGAUCGUAAGUAUAAAUAUUUAAAGAAAUAAUUAGGCAGCUUAGUAGUUUAAAAAGACGUCAUCGUCUUAAAAAGACGUCAUCGUCUUCAGCCAACUUUUUUAUCUUAAAUUUAAUGUAAAAUAAUUAAAUUAUUAUUAAUUAAUACAAGUCAUUUCAUACUCACAGUAAUUAUAGUUAAAGUCUACGUGAUACACUCAUGGUCAUGUUAGUCACUAAUGUCAUAGCUACUUAACUCAUACAAUUGACUGGCCUUUAUACUUCAUUUCAAUUUCAAUAAUUUCAUUCACCAAUUUUAAGUUUUAAGUUUUUUGUAUUGUGCAUGAAUCAUGAAUGAACUGCAUUUGUUAGUGUUUACUGAACUUUACAAGUAAAUUAUAAUAAUGAGUCCAAAUUUUAAUUCUAGCUCAUUAUUACAAAAAUUAUAUAGUUAUUAAAUUAAGUGUUAAGUAGUAUAAGAUGAACUUCAAUUCAAUAGGCUAGGCAUGGAAUGGCAUAACAACAGAUUGUCCUAUACUAUCCAAGCUAUUCAUCAUCUCAUUUCUGAUAUGUGCUCUUAGUGGAAACAACCAUGAAUUUAGCUGCUCUGAGAGUUUUAACUUUCCUUCACAAAGGCAACACAUAAUUUUUAAAUAAUUAAUAAUAGUACUUUUUUAUUAGCAAUGGGGAAGGGGGCACAGGAAAUAUUUUCAAAUCGAGAGGGGUGUGGGAAAUGUUUUGCAAUCAAGAGGGGUUGUGGCUCUGCAAGAAAGGUUAAGAACCCCUUUGGAAGGUGGUAAGUGUAGGUGGGGGUUGAUAGGAGUAAAGGGGAGGCAUGCUCGAAAAGUGGGGGGAGGAGGGGGGAGCAAAUAAAAUCAUUUUUAUAUUAUAUUAUAAAGAAAUAUAUUUUAUAAAAAGAUACCUCAAAUCUCUCAAGGGUAUGAAAAUGAAACACGUUCCAAUAUAUAUUAGAGGAAAGCUAACAUUAAAAUUGAUACAUGCACUGAAAAUAAUCUGAAUAAGUUAUGUAACUUUUAAAAAUUGACUUUUAAGGGUCAAAAAAAAAAUUUGUUUGAGUGAAUUUUCAUUUGUCCUAAACAUAGAUGAUAUAGCUUAAAUGCACUUGCUGAUAAAAGUUCUUGUACUGAACAUACCAUUUUCAUUUUGUGAAUUGUAUUUCUACCAUUCAAAAAGGGAUAACAAUGUAGAUAUAGUACUAAUGAAAAAGGAAAAUAUUAGAAAUUGCUGUGGAUGACCAGAACACUGUGUUUGGUUAUCUUAUGCUGUUGAUGUAUUUACGUGUUGUGUGAAAAAAGUAGAAAAUGAUUUAACAUUUCUUGAAAUGCAUCAUGCAAAGAAAGCCUGUGUAAAAAUAUUUUCAAAGACUAUAAAAGUAAAAUAUAGUUGAGUUUCAUCUACAUUCAAUUCAAUUCUUUGGCUUCAUAGCGUGCUCACUACAAUUAAUUACAGUCUUUCUUUGCAUAAUAAUGCAUUUUAAGAUAUGUUUAAUUAUUUUCAACUUUUUAGUGCAUUUAAACUCGUCUUUGAUAGAAAAUCUUUUUGUUUUCAAUAUAUUUUUUUAUUUUUUUUAUCCACCUAGCUCCUACUAUGGUUAAAAAAAAAUAAAACUAUGCGCAUACUUUUUGCCUGGUAUGGUAAAAAGUAAGGCUAUAAAUUGACGCUAAACUUUAUAACUUUGUCAAGACAAGCAAAAUGUAUUUCUCUUUGGUUUUCAUUAAUUUAUAUACAGCUAGCAUAGUUAACCAAUGAAUAAUGUCUAAUUAUAUCUAAAUUGCUAUCAAAUUCUUUAUCUACCGUAUUUUCUGGCGUAUAAGACGACUGGGCGUAUAAGACGACCCCCUACUUUUAAUUUUAAAAUCUAGGGUUUGGCUGUACACCAGCUCAUAAGACGACCCCGGCGUAUAAGACCACCCCUGACUUUUGAAAAGAUUUUCAUGGGUUAAUAUGGUUUUAUACGCCGGAAAAUAUGGUAAGUGAAUUUUUAAGAAAAUCGCUAUUGUACAGUGUAGAAAAUGAAAAAAAUUUGGACGAAAAUUGGAUUUAAAGCAAGCUAUUAUUAUUUUAAAGAUGUAAACAUGCUAAAAUGGUCAGAAAGGGAGAUAAUUCAUCAAAGCUAGGCCUAUCAAGACAACAAAGUUUGCAUGCAUGCACAACAUUUAUGAUUAAAUUAUGAAAAUGUUACCAAUAUACCUUACUGAAUUUUCUUUCAUUUUUUUCUGAAUAGUUUUUCAUCCUAGUGUACAACGGGGGGGGGGGGGGGGGGGGGGUUUUUUUUUUUUUUUUUUUUUUUUAUCCCAAUGGUUUGGCAUGUAUUGUUUGUAAAUAUGUCCCCUUAUGUCCAGUAAUUAGUAACAGCUGUGGUAUGAUAACCAGGUUGUAGUUGUUUUGAAGUUGUAUAAUGUAGUCAAUAGCUGCAUAUUAGGGCUUGGGGGAAAUUGGUUUUUGCAAUAAGAGAGUUAAGACAAAGAAGAUCAGAUAAGAGAACUGCAUAAUAUUAAUGAAUUAAACAUAGUUUUACUGAGUAAUUCUGCUCAUCUUUUUAUAAUAUAAAAAAUAUUUUCUGUUUAUUGUACUUGUAUAAUGUAAUUUUGAUGUCUCAUUUUUUUCAAAUGCAGCAAUUGCUUUUUUUGCCGUCAACUACUACUAAGAUAGAUUUGUUUAUUGUCAAUUGUUGUUAAUUUUGCCAAUUAUCCUAUCCUUCUAGGCAGCGUAUACAAAAUCAACUUUUUAUCGGCUCUUCACAUAAAAUAUUGAAUGAGUGAUGCUGGCAGUGACUAACGUUGAAGAGAAAAUAAAUAUUCUUGAUAUACAUUUUUUAAGGGUCCAAUAACUAAUGGUACCUAUUGCUCAUUGCUCUCACUCAUAUGCUCAGUAAAGUGCUGCACUUCUGUAGAUAGAGCUGUCAGGAUCCACAUUUAAUCUAGGUUUUUAUUUUUAGCUGACAUGACAAAUUAUAUUUUGCUUUUAUUUGCUUGUUACAUUAUGAUUAGUAGUGGUAUUGUUGUGUACAUAAACAGAUAACAGGAAGAAAGUGGGCAGCCUUAAUUGUUACUGCAUAAAUAAAUAAAAAAGUUUAAUGACUUCCACAUGUUCAGUUUUCUCCCUCGACACCUCAUUAGGGUGUACUUUGAGUAACAAUUGUUGCAUGAAUAUGCACACUCUACCAUAACUUUUAACUGCUGAUGAAAAUUAAUUGAAAUAGUUAAAAUGUAGAUCAGGGGUAUUUUUAUUUUAAUAAAGAAUUGUGAACAAAGGACUUGUAAUAAAAAUGCAAAGAAAACUACCUAACCUAAAUUGAAAGCAAACUUAAAAUGCAUUCUUAUAGUCACAGUAUGGCCGUCACCAUCAUGGUCAAAUUCUCAAAUGGUCUACAGAUCAUGGAAGAGUGGGUAUACUAUGAAUAGGGAUUCCCUGAUGGUAUAGUCACAUGGUAAGGGUAGGACUGUAGAUGGAUAUCAACCAUCUCACAGACAUGUAUAGUUUGUCUUUCAUUUGUAUGAAUGUGCCUGGAGGCGGUGGGCAUUGUUGUGGAAAGAUGUCAGACAUUAGUUAUGAUCUAUGGCGAUGUUGGGAUAUUUUUCUCCACCCUAUGAACAUUAGAUUUUUUGAAGUACUCUUGAAUUCAGGUACACAAUUUGAAAAAAAGCAACUAGUUUUGAUGAUAUCCACACAAAGCACAUCCAGGUAACUGCAUGUAGUAUCUAUCUUACAUUUAAAUGUGUUGAUUAUUUUCACCCAGAAAAAUAAAUACCAACUGUAAGAUCAGAGGUGAGUUUCACUGACAUCAGCUUAUUAUUAUAUUAUAUUUUAUUUUUCCCAUCCAGACCUUGUGCUCAUCAGUGCUCCUGUCAACGUCACAUUUUAUUAUGUCAACUCCACUUCUAUAACCGUGACCUGGGAUCCACCCCAAGUGUACACGUCCCACGAUGUUGACAAUGUUGAUGACAUCGACUUCACCAAUGACACUGAUGAACAGCCCCAGCCCACUGACCCGGCUGACUCUAGUAGCUCUGCACCAGGAAGUGAUGCCCAUCCUUUAAAUAAUGAAGUCGCCCCAAGCUCAACAAGUAAAGAUUUUGAGCUUGUGUUAUUUGGAUUUAUUCAUGAAAGUUUUUUAAAUUUAAAUUGGCUUAUUUUAUUUCUCCCCACCCCCUAAAAAAAAAGCCUUACCUCCACACACCCACCUUUCCCUCCACACACCCACCUUUUCCUCCACACACCCACCUUUCCCCCUACACACACACCCAACUUUCCCCCCACACACCCACACAUGUGAAGGUUUACAUGGUUUGUGAGUGUGCUGGAAAUAUUAAUUUAAUUAUUUUUUUUUUGGGGCAGCAUGGUUUCCUUUCCCUAUCAGUUGAGUUUUACCCCAACUCUCCUGUCCAUGUAGCCUUCACUUACGGCAUGACACGUUACCUUCACUUCGCCUGCUCAAGGGCAGGCCUACUAGUCUGUGGAACCACGUAGAUAUAGGGUCUUGAACUCUUCUCAUCUAUUUCUUUAAAUAAUAUAGUUAGGGUUUUAAAAAAAGUAUAUAUUUUAAGCCUCUGCAUUUCAACUUUUAACCUGAAAUGAAUUUCGUUUCUCCUUUUAGCUUGAAGUAUGUAAAACCGAGGUUUGGAGAAGGGGAACAUUGAUCUAAAUGCUGUACUUAUAAUUGAUUUUUCUUUCUUGUUUUAUUUUUAAUUUGUUUUAUUUUAUUUUAUUUUUUGUAUGAAGCUUCAGAUGUUCCAACAACCACGAUAAAAACAGAACCAGCUCGGAAAUGUCAACCUUACAUGCACUUCCUGGCUUAUGCUGUGCAGCUUAAGAAAGUUAGAGAUUCCUCUACGGGAACGAUGGCAAUCCCUCUAGGAGACUCUGGUAUUGAGGACAAGCAGCCCGAGGCUAACAGCACAGAACCCAGUGCUGUUGUGCCAUUCGAAGAAGGAUGCAUCGUAAGCUACAGAGUCAAAUGGCUGGAAGUGAACACAACAAAAUCAGGUUGGUUGAGUUUGAAACUGUCUCUCAUUCAUUAGCACAAGGUUUAAAUUCUCAUGGACAUGCCAUGGUGGUGGCAAUUUAAAGGUUUCGAUAUUACGUCUUGCCUUUCUGUUGGAAUCAAAUCUUUACCCUAGCACAAGCAGUCCGUCCAUCAUAGCUGCUGUGUCACAUUGGUGACAGAGGGAUCGUGGACCACCAAUAUAAGCAGCCUUGGUUAGUAUCACAUCCUGUCAUUGGCCUUAUCACAUGCUGUUAUCAGCGCCCCCCCUUUUAAGGUGACAAAAGAGAUUACAGAAGUUGGAUGGUAAUAAUAUUGUGUGAUUUGAAACAAUUUUUUUUGUCUACUCUGCCAGAACAGCGUAAUGUAUUUCCAUCAGAGCACACAGCCCUAAUCUUCAACUUGAAGCCCAGAACAAACUACUCCAUCACAGUAACGGCUGUUUUUGUCAGGAAAGAGUUUGAAUCUCAGCCACCUCUGUUUGUAGUAACAACUAAUGAGACAAGUAAAGGUAAUCAAAACAUAGAUUAGCCUUAUAAUUGCUGUAUCUAUCACCAAAUAUAGAUUUAUCCUUUAUUAAAUUAUAAUUGGCUUUUCUUUCAAAUGGUAUAGAUAUUUUCUAUAAUUGGCUUAUCAAAUGACAUAGAUUUACCCUUUAAUGGCCUUAUCUAUCAAUUUCAUAGAACAGCCGUAUACUUAACUCAUCUGUCUAUUGAAUGACAUAGAUUGGCCCUAUAAUUGCCUUUUCGAUAAAAUGACAUUUUACCCUUAUCCACUCCAGUCUGUCAAUGUGACUGGCACGGCACUACCACUCCUAUUGCUUGUGGACAAGAUGGUGGCACUGACCAUUGUCACUGUAAGCCAGGCUACGAAGGACAAUUCUGUGAGAAAUGCUCUGCUGGGUUCUACAGGACUCUCAAUCACUUCCCUUGCCACCGCUGCCCAUGUGAAGUACAUGCCACCACCACGAACACCUGCUCGUUCAGUAAGUGGUUCUUUGAACUUUAUGUUUGUAAGACAAGUCAGCUUUCAAUUUCUUACCCAUAGCUUUUGAUACCUGUCGGCUAACUCUAUUUCUUGCUGUCAGCUUUCACAAUUUCUUACCGUCAGCUUUAACAAUUUCUUACCGUCAGCUUUAAAUAUCUUACAGUAAGCUUUCAAUUUCUUACCGAUAGCUUUUGAUUAACUUGAUGUCUGUUUUCUCUAUUGUUUACAGUAGGUGCUUUGGUGAAAGGUUCAGAAUAUUUCUUUUUAAAAAAAUAUAUGCAAAACCGCUGAAUGGAGCCAAUUGAAUCAUUUACAAAAAACACCCAGAGCAACUUUCUAGCUCAUGUAGUUCAAUAGUUAUGAGUUUUUUUAGUGUGGACAUCCAGGCAAUUUUUUUUACCAUUGAGUUUUCCUCCACAUUUUGUCAGCCAUUUUCCAGCUCAUCACUUUCACCCAUAUUUUUGUGCUUAUUUAUCACUAUACAAAUGUCAUAUUUACAGGAUUUGUUGAUAGUGUUUUAUUUUAAUAAAUGAAAGCAUAAAAUAUGCUUUAGAAUAGAAUUUUCUUAUUUAAAUAAUUAUGUUAAAAAUAAGAUACUAAUUUCUUCCUAUAUAGAUUCAAUAAACUGUAUUUUUAGGGUGAAAAAAUAAUAACUUAUUAAAUUUUAAAGUUGCAACAUGUUAAUUAAAAUACCAAUUGUUUGUAUUUAUAAAAGAAAAAAAAAACACGACAUUGUCAUUGAUGCUCCCACAGAUGAAAUCAAGCAAAUUUUUUAUUGGUUUGCAGUCAUUUGAGCCAUUUUAACAUUAACUUAGACUGAAUAGGUUGGCUACAGCAACAGGGUCUAAAUUUUAGACUUAAGUUUUAAGCUGUUGAUAUUCAUUUGAAAGCUGUACCAGUAAUAACAAUUCACCUGUGGAACAUUUUAAAAUUUGUUGUGGAAUUCUUCUUUGGAUGAGCCUGUUGUAUUAGUAUUUGUAAUUUUCUUGAGGACAUUAUUGAAAUGAAUGUGUUAGACUUAGUAGUAGUUAUCAGUAGAAGUCUAAUUGCUCACUCUUUUGUGAAUUAUUUACUUGUGGUGACUUUGAUUUUUAUAUUUACUUAAUUAUUUAAAUAGCUAAGUUUUUUGUUUUUGUAUAUUUCCAUAAAAACAAUAAAUAUCAACUCAAUACUAUUACUUGCAGGUCACUUACAUUACUACUUUAUAAGACUUUUAAUAGGUCUAACUAAAUCCCAUGACCAUUGGCAAACGACCCCAAAAUUAAAACCACUGAUUUUUUAUAGCCAAUGAUAAUUAUUUAUUUAAAUUGAUUUAUUAUUAGUUAUAAUUCCCAUUUAUAUUCUGGAUAACCAAUUUAAUGAAUUAUUAACUACUGAGCAGCAGCUAUCGAUAAUAGAUCAUACGCUGACAAACAUGGUCGCAAUGAGACAUAUUACAUAGCCUAAAAUAGUGACUUUUUUUUUCUCCUCUUUUUUCGACCCCUUUACAUUCUGUCCACUGUCAUACAUUUUUUAUAUAUUAUAAAUGGCAUAAUAAAUUUAAGAAAUUUAAAUAAAAAAAAUUAAUCAGCUGUUUUUUAAAAAAGUUAUUGAUCAGUAAAGUUGGCCUAUUUUUAACUGAAAUUUUCAAAGCUUAAACCUCGAGGAAAAAAAACUGAAAUAAAUUCUCAAUUGACCAAGCAAGAUGUCAGCUUUAAGUAAUUGGCAUAAGUAGAAUUUAUUACUAUGCCAAUAUUCAAUUAUAAACGUUGAAACAUAACACCCUCAGUAAAUUAAAAAGUGGAGGUUGUCAUUUUGACAACAAACUUAUGAUCCCUGAUUUUCAGGUGUUCUCUGGCUAUUCCAAAGUCCCUACUUGCAGUCAGCUUUUUCAAUUUCUUACUGUUAGCUUUAAAUAUCUUACUGUUAGCUGGAGUUUUUUUAAAAGCUAUAUUUCUUUACUAAUACCUCAUUCACUUUUAGACCUUUCAGGUACUUGAAAAAAACAAAACAAAAACUGGCCAUAUUAUAUUAGAUCAAAUGCAUAUAUUCCAUGGCAUGCACUCGUCUAAUACACAUCUAUUGACAAAAUUUUGGUGUGAUUGAUAUUCUCAAACAGUUGAGGGCUUCUUGUCGUGUGACGGAUGUAAGGUCGGCUACUCAGGCAACCUGUGUCACACCUGUGAUCAAGGCUUCUACAGGUACGGCAGACAUUGCGUGCCCUGUCGUUGCAACGGAAACGCACAUAGCAAUGACGUAAACAUGUGCAGUAAACACACUGGUAAGGAAAGGAAACAUUUUAUUUGUUGGGCAAUAUUUUAUAAUUCAUAGGUGUCCCAACACUGAACCUAUUCAACUGGCCCUGAUCUGUGGCUAACACAAAUGAUUAUUAUUAAAUUAUUUGGGCAUAAAAAAAUAACAAAUUUUCAUAACCUUGCCAGGUGGGUAGCAGACCUGUUUAUUCUUAUCAUUUUGACGUACAAAGUACAAUAUUGAGAUGUAUUUUAUGAUGCCAAGACUUGUCAGAACUACAAUUUUAAGAGACCUAGUUGAAAAUGUAUGCAUCUGGUAGUUUUUCCAAUUGGAAAAAAAAUACAUUGUCUGUUUUUAGUUUUAGCUCCUUUCUACAUCUUGUGGUGAAUGGGUUAGAGCAGGCCUGCACAACUCAAAAUGUAAGACAGGCUGUAAUACAUUAUGAAAAACUUGUGCGGGCCAAAAGAAAAUAGGACAGGACUUGCGCGGGCCAAAAGAAUAUAAGUCAGGUGGGGGGGAGCUAUAAAGAAAAUGAUAAGAAUUAAGAGUUUUUCAUUACCCCGCGGGGCACGAAGUUGGUGCUGGUGGGCCACAUGCGGCCCGCGGGCCGUAUGUUGUGCAGUCCUGGGUUAGAGAAAUAUGAUUGGCUUGGAAUUUAUAAUUAUGUUACAUUUUCCCUGGGGUGGUGUUGAUUUAGGAGAUUUUGUUUACAGGUGUGCCGAGGUGUGGGGGGUUGGGUCUAAAUAUUUAAGUCUAUAGAUAAUAACUCCUCUAUGUUUUCAUAACGAUGGUUAUAUUGUUGCUUUGUAUUUUCAUAAUGAACCAGCUAGACACAGCAAUAGCAAUACUAGCAAAGUCACCCUAGUGAAAAUUUUAAUAAAUCCAUGCUUUUCUUUGCUUUGUUGUGACAUAAUUAUUUCGUUAAGCUGAACCGCUGCAAGUGUUAAAACUGAGAAACUAUUUUAUUAUCUUUUUAAAAUGAGAUUGCCAUCUCAACUCUUGCACAGCGACAUAUGAUUUUGACAUAUUUUAUAGGAUCUGAGAGUGCCUUUGAAAUCUAUUUUUUGAACGCACACAACAGCUGUGCAGUUUUUAAUCCACCCUUUUAGUUCCAACACCACUGUUCUCUUUACCCAUUUACAGCUUGUGAUAGUUGCAGAGUGAUAUAUGUUAACAAGAAAUAUGGUUAAUGGUUGUUGAACCAGCCUUUUCCUAAAAAGACAAAUCUCAAGCUACUUUGUUAAUUAAUUCUUAUUUCAAUAAAUUUUAUUUUACGCUGAACUGAUUUUGAGUUAAAUUUUACCUGUAACUUUAUUUUUACCAGUGACAUGACUGUGAUAUUUAUAUAUGAUAUGCACGUUCACCCAAAUAUUAAUUGAUAUCUAUAGCCAAUACACAUCUGCAAAACAAAGUUACUGCAGAUUGCAAUAUAAACAUCGGUUACCUACUUUUGGAAGUUGCUUUUAUUGAUGUCAGCUUAACUCGAUCCUACUUGACACACGAUGCGAGUAGAUAUUGUAUACAUUAUACAAUAUACACAAUGUAUGUUUAUUUAAUUACUUUUGUCCUUUGCACACAAAAAUGUGAGGCUCACUCUCUCGACCACGCCUAUUUGAUCCAAUGACAAGACUGAGUCAAGACGACUGGGAAUAGACCAGGGUGCAGAAGAUGACCAGCAGUGUGUGUGUGUGUGCUUUCAUCGUACUCUUUAUGCCGGCUUCUAUUAAGAUACUGUAUUGUGUGAUUUUGAGACAAUAUUGUUCAGUUUUAGGAGUUUGAGGGUAACCAACUGUGAUUAAGUUCAAUAUAUCAUAUGGAUGCUUAAGGUUCUUUUUUUUAAAACUUUCUGUGACAUAACAUCUAUUAGGUUAAAACCGCUGCCGGUGGGCAAUCCUUGAUUGAGAUGGGACCCAAAAAAAAUGGGAAAUAACUUUUGAAUAAAAUUGUGUCAUUCAAAUAUUUUGAGGGCCGUUGGGGGGGGGGGAGAAAAUCAAAUAUGACUGCAGUUCCAUUCACUGUUUCUAUCAUUGUAUUACCAACAGGAGCUUGCACCAAAUGCCUCUACAACACGACCGCCUUCAACACAAAAAAAAUGGGAAAUAACUUUUGAAAAAAAUUGUGUCAAUUAAAAAUUUUGGGGGCCGUUGGGGGGGGGGGGGAGAAAAUCAAAUAUGACUGCAGUUCCAUUCACUGUUUCUAUCAUUGUAUUACCAACAGGAGCUUGCACCAAAUGCCUCUACAACACGACCGGCUUCAACUGUGAGCGCUGUCUGCAUGGCUACGUCGGCGAUGCCAUUGGUGCCAAAAACUGCACCCGUACUGAGGACCUGAACGGGUUAUUCUUCGUCAAGGGCAGUAACUCAUCAUCCACAAAAGUGGUUGGCAGCGUCAUCGGCGUCACUGUGCUUGUCAUGCUGGCCGUCUUUGGCUUUUUCCUGUACCGUAAGUAUCGGGCUCAGGAGAGGCGGCGGGCUUUCUGGACCAUUGAGAUGAAGCGGGAUGACAACGAUGGAGAUUUUAACUCUGUACACAAUGAUGAGGCACAGCUUGAUGAGCCUGAUGUGAGGAUUUACGGAAAGAAAUCUGGUAAACCAGAUUCUAGCAAGUAUUCCAAGCUGCAUGAGGAAAUGUGAGAAAUCAAUUUUUCUUUUUUCGGACUCUGAUUCUGCAUAAAGACAUAACAAUUUUAGCACUCAAAGAAGUAGAAGUACGUUGUAAAUGAUACUAAGUGUCCUAUUAAUUUUAUCAAAGUUGGAAAGGCAUUUUCCAAUUUCAAAGAAUUUUCUAUUUUUAACAGUACCAAAUUUGGUAGCAUUAUGUUUUAGAAGUAAAUGUCUUCCAACUCUGCUUUGCUAGUUACGUGAAAACCACGGAAGGAAUUAUAAGUGAAUUUUUGUUUUCUUUUAACUCAUGUGUGUUAAAAACUGAAAACUAGAGCUACUAAUGAAACAUCUAUUUUUUUGGUCAGCUUUUGAUGAAAUAUCUACUAUUGUAAACUGCAUCACCAGUAGGUUAUCGUCACAUCUGUUCACUAUUAUCUCCACUUUUUUUUUAAAGAGAAAAAGACCAAAGUACAUGCAUGUAAAUAUUUCAAAUCUAAUGCCAUACCCUGAAUGUACCGAUUUUUUUUAUAAAAUUUUUUAAAUGUUAUAAAUGUAUCCAGGCAUUGUUUUCAGUCUCAAGUUUUUACAUGAAGUAUAAUCAUUGCACUAGUAGAAAUCCUGCUUGAAAUUUUAAACCCGGCCAUACUCUAAGAUUCCUUGUGCCAUCCUGGACAUUCCAUCCACGGUCAAUCAUUAUCCUAAGAACCUUCACAUCACUAAAUGUUUGAAUGAUUUAAAAUUCCUGUUACCUUGUUAACUUUUUAAAGCACUUUAUUGUCACAGGAAGGGAAAAAAUUAAUUUUUUAAAUGCACAUCACCAGGAUUUUAUUCUCUAUGACAUUAAAUCGAUCCCUGUGAAUUGGGCAGAUCAGCUCUUUUUACUAAUAAUUUUGUUGACUAACAAAUUAUCAGUUAUUUACUUUUAAAAAUUGUUGGAUUUUUUUACAUUCUUCGCUGUUACUUUGAGGAAUUAGAGGGUGAGAAAGAUCUACGUUAGGUUCAGAUUGGCAAUGUAUACAAAUUCUCAAAGGAUGCUUUGUAUUGUUUAUUUCAUUCAAACCCAACUGCUUAUAAUUUAGUACCUUUUAAAGAAAUUGUUUUCAAAGUUUAUGAUGCAGUUUUGAGGGAAAAAAAAUGUUUUUUUUUAACCUCUUUUGCUAACAAAACAUCUGGUUGGUUUUUUUUUUUGUAUGAUCUGAAUGUAAAGAGGCAUCAUAUUUCCGUUUUAUUGUAACAAGGCCUGGUGUGCAGUUAUCACUGGUUGGUUGGCUCUAUAGCCGCUCAUCAUGGGACAUAUAGCGAUCUUAUCACAGGUCUGCUCCGAUGUCAUUGGACGUACUCUUGACUUUGAUAAAUUUACAGGAAAAGAUCUCACAUGUGUUUGACUUUACUCAAAGUGAUUCUAAUUUUAAUCUGUUUUUUUUUAACUAUCAGACAUGUUGUGCUUCAGUGAUGAAUCAACAAAUUGUCUCCUAGAAAUUUGUUUAAUAAAUAUUUUACAUCUUUAUUUUUGUUUCCGUUACAUUUACUCAAAGGACUGCUAAUGGUUGCCAUUCUUACAGUAACUGUACGAAUAGUCAACAUUUUUCUUUCAGGUGGUGGGUUAUCAGUUGUGCUGUUUUUGUAUCAUUUUAACUUGUUUGUUUUUUUUGUAUCAUUGUAUUUUGAAUAUCCUGACAUUUUAUUUUCCUCAAUUUUCUUUUAAUUUGGAGCACAAUCAUUUUUGUAACACUAGCCUAGCCUUUUUUUGUUAGCGCCAGGGCUGAUGAAUAUCAUGUUGCUUAAAAGGUCAGCCCACUUGCAAAUGUAUCCCUAUUGCAGCUGUUUUAUUCAAAAUUUUUUUGUUUUUUUACAUCACACUCCAGGUGUUUUUGUUUUUAAUUUGACUAACUUCAAAUGAAUAAUUUAAUGUCGUAUUUUCUAUAUUUUCUCUGCAAUACUCAGUGUCUACUUAUGUAUGAAUUCAGUCCAAUGUAUCUAGUAAUAUUAACAGCUAAUAAUUAGAGAGUGAAUUGGAAUACCAAAGAUCUGCUGGGAUCACACGUCAUUAAGAUUUUAUAUUAGUUUUUUAUUCUUUUUUUUUUUUGGCAUCCGUCUGUCACAAUGUGACGUCCCGGGACGAAAUCGCAAGGCCUGGGAUUUUUCUUUAGGGGUAUAAGCUUAAAAUUGUGUGACUCCACAGAGUUUUCCUUCCCUUAGAUGGUGUGAUGCAAGUGGCUGAUGGUGUGAUGCAAUUAUGGUCUGUGUUUCCGACCAGUAGAAUGCAAUUGAGUAGGUAAUCAAUUAAGAUUGCCUGCACAUUGGAAUACAAUUUUUGUUGAGUCAAGACAUUUGUUAUCAUGAUUAAAGCCAUAUUGUUAUUAAUUAGAAAGUACUCAUGAACUGCUGGAGCUAUUCGUAUUGUGUUAAUUUGAUGUCAGCCAGUUAUGACUGGAUGAUGAUUUUAUAUUUCUUGCUACCACUCGAUCACUAAGAUUUUUUUUAGGGAGUUUCUCAAAAAAUUAUCAGUUAAUUAUUUUAGUUGGAGACAGAGAUCUGGUCCAAUAAUUGUUGACUGAUGUAAUUCUCAGUCAGCAUUCAUGUAAAUAUAUUUUAAGAACUGUAACUAUUUACUUGGUUAGAGCUAGUUUUUUUAUUAAAUUGUUUUAUCUUGCUUUUUUGUUUAAUUGUCACCUAACUCCUUAUUUGAAAUCUGUCUCUUUUAUUUCUAAUUUCUAGCCUUUAAAUUGACUCAAAACCAUGUGUAGAAAAAAAAAACAACUGGUUUCACAUGAUACAUUGCGAACUUUAUUUUUGUUAUUGCUCAUGUUACUGGGCUUAUACCAAAGACACAAGAAAAGAGCCUGUGCCCCCAGCCCUUGGAUGCCUCAGUAUAUUAUUUUCUGAUGUUUACAGGAACUGCUGUUAUGUUUAGAUAUGGGCCCUUUUGUUGGCUGUGACAAGAGGCCCACGAAGAGCUUAAUAUGACAUGAGAGAUAGGGGAAUAAAUCUGUGAACCAAUGGGAAACUAAGAAUUAUCUUAUUUUUAAAAAUUCAUUUACAUAAUAAAUUUCAUUUAUAGCUGUGCAAAGUGCAUAUAUAAUUCAAAUACCCCAUGAGAAAGUCAAAUUUUGUGAAUUGCUAAAGUUGAUUCACUAAGAUCCAAGCAGCUACUCCAAAAUGUUGUGAUUGUUUUGCAAGUUUUUAAAAAUGGCAAAUUGUAAUGGUUGUGUUUAAUCAUCAAUACAUAUGUAAUUUUUGCCCCAAUAUUAUUUUCUUUAAAUAUCUUGCCUUAAUAUCUUUUCUCUCUUUUUUGUGAUGUAGCUUGCAAAUUAGCUUUUUGGCUUGUUGUUUUCUUCUGAUUUUAAUUUUGUAUAUCUGGAUUCAUUGAGACUGUUGCAAUCAUAUACUUAACUCAUUGUGAGUCUAUUACAAUUACUUAUUAACUGUAUGUGAUUCAUUGAGUCUAUAAUUCACUCAAUUCACUAUUCCCUUUCUCAUUAAUAUCUAUUAUUAAAUUCAUCCCAUCUUUAUUCCAUUCAUCGAUUCACUCGGCCGUACAUUAUUCACUAAAUCUCCAAAAUCAUUCCCUCUUUGUUUUGUGUGGAGAAAUGAUAAGGGAAAAAAACUCUACCAUUGUCUCUUCUUUUUAUUUACAAAAUAAAAUUCUAUGAUCAUGAUUUCAACUAUAUUCAUUUGUUUGCCAUUAAUUACCAAGAUGUUUCACAUCCUUGCUACUACUUCUUAAGGAAAAAAUUUCCAUGUUGUUAUUUCAAAUGACAUUGUUUUUUUUUUAAAAAUCCAUAUUUGUAUUUUACUUGGACUCAAAUGAUACCUGAUUCAUUGUUGAAGUAUGGUUUAUCUUUUCACACACACUGCUUCUUUGAGUGUUUAUUUUACAAUUGAUUAUUACAUAUAUUUUUAAUCUUCAGACUCCCUGAUCUACAAAAGCAUCAUCUUUCUAUGUAUUCACCUUCCAGAAAGAAACUCCUAUUCCUUAUCUUUAAUAAAUAAAUAGAAUGACUAUUAUUUAUAAGGCCAAUUAAAAAAAAAAAAGUUGUUUAUUAUAAGGAAAUAAGCUCAACAAAAGUAUGGAAAGACAUGGAAAAAAAAGGACACAACCAAACAAUGUAACUAUUUAGUAUAAAAAUCUUGGAGCUUCCCAUGCUAUGAGUAAUUUUUUUAGAAAUAUUCCAGGUUGCCCCAUUACUAAAGGGCUUUAUCCACUUGUGAGAAAUGCCAGCACCUUCCCAUUGUCCUGCUAAUGUGUUGACCCCAGCAAAGUGGGUGCGGGGCUUAAUCCACUAAGACCAUCCUCAAGCAGGACCCAAUUUUGAUGGAGGUCAGCAAAGAAUUUUAUCCCAGCGCACUAAAAGUAAAGAGUGUAGAUUCUGUAUCAGGCAUGUCGAUAGUGCUGCCUGUCACAAAGCUGCUUGACCCCUCCCCACCUUAUCACAGCCCACCAGUGUCACUCACUGGACACAUGCUGAGAAACAUUUAUUUGUGAGUGUGUCCUUUCUAACCC